UUUGGCCUCGAGCCUCUCUUUGCUCUGUAUGUUUUUUGAUGGUGUCUACCCCACAUUCUCCCGCUCAUUGGAAAGGAAGGUGCAAAUAGCCCAAGUCCAGACCAGCUUGUUCCAUUGCGACACACGACACACACUCCCAAAGCCUACACCUCGGCCCUGUCAUUAACUGUACUAAGCUCUUUAGCUUGGGGGAGGAGACUUCUUGGCUCUGUUUUAUUUCCAUCAUUUUCUUCAUUUUUUCCCGAUCCCUUCCUCCCUUCCCUUUUUUCCCUUUUUCUCUCCCCAUUACAAAUCUCUAACAAGCAUCGUCGUUUCGUUCGUGCCGCCCGCCCUCCGUCCUUUCAACAAUCAGCGAAGCGGCCACUGCGUCUGAGUCUCUUUUCAACGACAGACCGCGCAAGAGCCCAGGCAAGAUGUGUUUCCUCCUCUCGGUAUCCUAUGUUUUCGGCGUCUUCUUCGUCUCGAUAAUUGCCAGCAAACUGCUACAUCUGUGGACACAUUUCUUCACGGUACCCGCUUCGGCUUUUAUCCUAUACCUACCGACAUUCUUCCUCUUCGACUUGUUAGCGAUAUGCAUUGCGAGGCUGUUUUUGAGUCAGUCCAAGACACCGUGGGCUUGGAUUGGGUGUCUGUUUGGUACCAUAGCUACACUUAUCUCGAUCGGCGGCUCGGCGUCGCAGCUUGGAUUCUUCGUUAAGACUGGUGGAGAGCUCGAUUGGCGCGAUGCGACAGCUUACGCUACAAGCAAGGAGGGUCUCAAGGUUCUUUUCAGCGGCAGCGAAGCCGUGAUAGCAUGCGGAAUUGGUUUGCUCAUUAUCGCCAUUCCCAUCCAUGGAUUCUUCUACCGCGCAUUCGGUGCUUUUAUUGGCGCAAUUGGCGACAACAUCCUCUCAGUCUACUCUUACUUCCGGAGCUUUCGCGUGCGAAUUCCUGGUAUCCAGCGCGGCAGAUACUCUGCUCUCAAGAAUGCCGAUACCGAUCUCGAAUCGACCGAUACAUACUCGAUGGACGAGGACUUUCGAUCCAGCGCUGAAAACCCUUCGCGCGUGGGCGGAGAGAAGCUUGCCACCGUUCGAGGCAAGAUUGCUCGAUUCUUCGCGCGAAUCCCAUUCUUCUCGUGGCUGUGGAAAAUUGCCCUCGCUCUUUUCCUCAUGCUCACGCUGAUUCUUCGACCUGCCAAGCCGUACGAUUUUCUGUCAAUUACGCUCCCUGUUUCGAUGCUCGAUGUUUUCGCUCCCGAGCCCGAUUUCUGCCAAGCGCAGCGAAGCCUUAUCCAGAACGCUUUCCCGUUCCCCGACUUGAUCAGCAAUUCGACAUGGAAACAACCUGAGGGCGAUUACUUUAGGGGCUGGGCGCCUUUAGUCAACAAGGAUAUGAGCCCUCUUGGUGAGGCUUACCGAAACCACUCUGUCGACUGGUUGCCCGAGAAAGGAGAACUGCCUCGUGGCUUUUUCCGAUUCGAUCCCAAGCGCUUCAAGAACGGUUACCACGGUUCACUUAGCAAGGGCAGCACUAUCAUUUCCGAACACAAGUGCCCCCAGGUCUCGCUGCAAGAGAAGGAUCCCUACUACAACCCCGUUCAGGACCCAUUGAAGAUCACUAACCUCGAUACCGAUAUUCUGCCCACUCUCAAGGAAGCGCUUGGCAAUGGCGAUGUCAAGAUCAAGCAUGUUGUCUUCAUCCUCAUGGAGAGUCUGCGUCAAGACUUCUGGCCUCUGCAGCAAGGCUCCCAUACUCACAGCCUGAUCAUGGAUCUCAACAAGAGUCAGAAGGAGAAGGAUGCGGCUAACGAGCGAUUGUCCUGGAUGAUGCCCCAUAUCGAGAAGAUCACUGGCCUGAAGCAAGGAUUCACCGACAAGAACGGCAAGCCGUACGCGAAGCCCAACUACACAUGGCACGAUCAAGCGGAGGAGGGUUUCGGUGGCAUCAAUGUCGCGACCGCCUACACAGCCGCCACAAUGUCCACCAAGAGCUACUGCGCCAACCACUGCGGUGCUUACCCCAUGCCCGUUGAGAAAUUCGCCGAAGCCGACACCGACAGCUACCAGCCUUGCAUUCCUCAGAUUCUCAGCAUGCUGAACAAGGUCAAGACCAACACAUCCUCUGACGAUGCUGAUUUCCGCGAUUUGCAAUGGAAGACUGCUCUUUUCGAGGCCGAGAUUGAGGAGUACGACCGUCAAGAAAAGUUCGACGCCAAGCUUGGCUUCCAACACAUCAUUACCAAGAAGCAGCUCGAGAACCACUGGCGCUUCAACGAGUCGGACGUCUUGGGCAAGAAGAUCAACUACUUCGCCUACCCCGAGCCCAUCCUUAUGCCUCAUCUUCAAGACUUCAUCACCAACACGACCGCCAACAACCAGCGCAUGUGGUUGACUCACUUCACCAGCACUACCCACCACGCUUGGGGUCUUCCCGAGGGCACUCCUUACUACGAUUACGUUUCUCACACCGGCAUGAACAAUGUGCACGACAACUUCAACAAGUACUUGAACACCCUUCGUUGGCACGAUGGCUGGAUGGCUAGCUUGAUGAACCUCCUCGACGACCAAGGUAUCGCCAACGAGACCCUCGUCGUCUUUGCCGGUGAUCACGGCCACUCUUUCAAGGACGACGGCGCUGGCAAGGAGGGCACGUAUGAGAACCAGUUCAUCUCCAACUACCGAGUCGGCCUGACUUUCCGACACCCCCACCUCCCCCGAGUCCAAUACGACGCCAACACCACCACCAUCUCUAUCCUCCCGACGAUCCUCGACCUCCUCAUCAACAGCGGUUCCCUCAACGAGAAGGACACCCACAUCGCCUCCGAUCUCGUACAAGACUAUGAAGGUCAAUCCCUCAUCCGACCCUACAAGAAAACCGACGGCGACCGACGAGCCUGGACUUUCUCCGUCGUCAACUCGGGCGCUGGCAUGCUUGGCGUCACCUCCGCGGACGUCCCCUGGCGUCUGGUCAUCCCCCUCAACAAAGUCAUCGAGUACCGAGUCACCGACGCCGUCAACGAUCCCAUGGAGCUCAAACCCGUAGCUGCGUGGUCACCCGAAGAGCUCGAAACAGCAGUUCGUUCUGCCCUCGGCGAUGAAGCUGCACAGUGGGCCAACGAAGCCAUACCUAUAGCCCAAUGGUGGGUCCUGGAGCGCCAGCGUCUCUGGCGCUAUCACUCUCUGUCCGCAUAGACAUGUCAUUUUUUAUAUCUGCAUCAACCGGCGUUUUUGGGAAACAACCUUUGCUUAAAUUGUGUGUAUCUUCAACACACAUUGCAUCAUCAAGCAUGACGACAGAACAACCCCAGUUUCUAAUCCCCGGAUGGAUGAAGACGGGUCUCACUCUCGAAUCUUGGAACAGCGAAAAUAAUAAUCUCUUUUUCUUUUUUCGAUAUACUUUUCUCUUUGUCAAAAGGGCGACGAUACGAUGCGUGAUAGAAGGGGAACGGGCCGGAUAAAAUAUCCAUGUCAUCAUUUUUCUUUUUAUCGUUUUCUGGCUUGGCUCGGCUUGAAUUGGCUUCAUAACCAGGCUUGAACUUUAUCUAUUCGGAGUUUUCGGCGGAAGGGGGAUGAGGACUGUGUUCACGGUCGCUAUGGUAUGGUCUUUUUUUGGGCAUUGUUUCUUGAAUCAUUUGUGUAUAGCGUCUAGAGGUUUCUUUUUGAACAAAUGCAUACUUGAUUACCUUCUAUUUCAUUGUUCGUGAUGUUAUGCUUGGC